AUGUCGUCGCCAGCCUCUCGCCUCUCGAAUCGCAAUUCGGUCAAUGGCACUCCACGACACAAUCGCAACCGCAGCUCUCAGCAAGCCCCUCCUUCAAGCGACCCAAUACUCCCUAAUGCCGACGAAGACGCUGCAGGCAGUCAACUACUGUCAGAGGCAGGACAAGGAUCUUCGCAGAAUGGCUCGCAGCAAAACACUCCCCGAGGCGCGACACGAUCCUCGCAAAAUACUUCACAAUCGCAACCUGGCCCUACUUCUUCACCCUUGUUCUUCCGCUCACCGACUGGCAACUCGCAGAGUCAGAGCCAGACUCUGAAUGUGCGUGGUGGUAAUGGCGUCGGUGCGAAUUCGCCGCUGAGACAGCAGGCGGCGGUGGGAGGAAGUAGUGAUGGCGGACGUACUCCAAGGGCUGCGGGCGGCAUUGGUGAUUCCUCCCCGAUCCACUACGCAUCCAGUUCAGACCCCGCAGGACCUCGAACAGGUGACCAUGGCCCAGAUCGUACAAGUUCGACAGGACUGUUCGUGCGGUCACCACUCGCUGGGGGCGCAACGCCUGCGAGGAAUAGACGACAUGAUAUUGACUCGGAUAUGUUGGAGGGUGGUAAUGCGCGAAGAAGAGUCUAUGUCGAUGAAAACGGCAUGCCAGUCCGCGAGGAUGGUUCAGACGCAGCUACCUUCUCGAAUCUGAACCCCAACACCUCUGACGCAGACAUGCUCGGUGGCCAGUCUAGCAGAGUCGUCUGGGGUACCAAUGUCUCUAUCGCCGACUCCUUCUCCUGCAUGAAGGACUUUCUUCACAACUUCCAGAAGAAGUAUCGCAUGAUCGCUAAUGGCGAAGUGGCCGAAGGUGAAUCGCUGAGCGAAGAUCAUCCUGGAUUGGAGAAGGAGAAUGUGCGUAUGCUUGAGACGAUGCUGGAUCUCGGUACUUCGGCUUUCUAUCUGGACUGCAGGAACCUCAAAGCAUAUCCACCAACGCGGAAACUAUGGCAUCAGGUUCAAUCGUUUCCUGCUGAGAUCGUCCCUGUUAUGGAUGCGGCUGUGAAGGAUGUUUUGAUUGAUCUUGCGGAGAAGCGUCAGAGUACUCAACGGUCAACGCAGUCACAACAUACACGCCAGACCCAGACACGAGCCCGUGACUCCAGCUCCGUGCCACCUAUGCCCAGCUCUGAGGCAGGAGGCGAAGCUGAUGCUCAGGCCCAGGCAGCUCAACAACCACCUGAGGAGGUUGAGGAUCUUGUAGCAGAAGUAGAGCAGAAGAUCUUCCGCGUACGACCUUUCGGCCUGGCUCAGACGAUCAAUCUGCGGGAUCUAAAUCCGAACGACAUGGAUAAGCUCGUCUCGAUCAAAGGUCUAGUCAUUCGAACCACACCUGUCAUCCCAGACAUGAAAGACGCUUUCUUCCGCUGUUCGGUCUGCCAUCAUACAGUCAAGGUUGAUAUUGACCGCGGCAAGAUCGCAGAACCUACACGCUGCCCACGUGAGAUCUGCGACCAGCCCAAUAGCAUGCAGAUCGUGCACAACAGAUCUGGCUUUGCGGACAAGCAAGUGGUGAAGCUGCAGGAGACUCCAGACUCUGUACCAGACGGACAGACACCACACUCGGUCAGCUUGUGUGCCUAUGAUGAACUUGUCGAUGUUUGCAAAGCUGGUGACAGGGUAGAGAUCACUGGUAUUUUCAAGUGCAACCAAGUACGUAUCAAUCCUCGACAACGUUCCGUCAAGAACGUCUUCAAGACAUACGUCGACUGUCUGCACAUCCAGAAGGUGGAUAAGCGACGUAUGGGUAUCGAUCCCACCACUAUCGAAGAGGAGCUUUCCGACCAGGUCGCUGGAAGUCUUGAGGAGACACGCAAAGUCAGCGAGGAGGAAGAGCAGAAGAUUCGCGAUACUGCUGCUCGUCCAGACGUUUAUGAGCUUCUCUCGCGGUCACUGGCCCCUUCAAUCUACGAAAUGGACGACGUGAAGAAGGGCAUCUUGCUCCAGCUGUUCGGUGGCACGAACAAGAGCUUCGAAAAGGGUGGAUCGCCAAAGUAUCGUGGUGACAUCAAUGUCCUUCUUUGCGGUGACCCUUCCACAUCCAAGUCGAAGAUGCUGGAAUAUGUGCACAAGAUCGCUCCUCGGGGUGUAUACACUUCUGGCAAGGGCUCGUCUGCUGUUGGUCUCACAGCGUAUGUCACAAGAGAUCCAGAGACUCGCAGUCUGGUACUCGAGUCUGGUGCUCUCGUGCUCAGUGACGGCGGUGUAUGCUGCAUCGACGAGUUUGACAAGAUGUCGGACUCGACUCGAUCAGUCUUGCACGAAGUGAUGGAGCAGCAAACGGUUUCAAUCGCCAAAGCUGGAAUCAUCACCACGCUGAAUGCUCGAACCAGUAUCCUCGCUUCCGCCAACCCGAUCGGCUCGAAGUACAAUCCCAAUUUACCCGUGCCGCAGAAUAUCGAUCUGCCACCAACACUACUGAGCAGAUUCGACUUGGUGUACCUAGUGCUCGACCGCAUAGACGAAAGCACUGACCGCAAGCUUGCCAGGCAUCUGGUAGGCAUGUACCUCGAGGAUGCGCCGGAGAACGCGAGCAGAGAUGAGAUCUUGCCCGUCGAGUUUCUAACCUCCUACAUCUCCUACGCCCGCGCCCACAUCCACCCCAAGAUCACCCAGCCCGCCGCCGACGCCCUGGUCCGCUCAUACGUAGCCAUGCGCAAAUUGGGCGAAGACAUUCGUGCCUCCGAACGCCGGAUAACAGCUACGACGCGCCAACUCGAAUCAAUGAUUCGUCUGGCCGAAGCGCACGCCAAAAUGCGCAUGAGUGAAGAAGUCACCGAGGCAGAUGUCGAGGAAGCCGUCCGUCUGAUCCAGAGCGCGCUCAAGCAAGCGGCUACGGAUGCGAGGACGGGGUUGAUCGAUAUGGGACUUCUGACCGAAGGCACAUCGGUGGGGGAGCGGAAGAGGAAGGAGGAUUUGAAGAAGGGGGUUCUGGGGGUCGUGGAUGAGCUGCUUAGGAAUGGUGGGGGGAGUGUGAGGUAUGGAGAUGUUGUGAGAACGCUUUCGGAGCAGAGUUCUGUGCCUGUUGAGGGGCUAGAGUUUUCGGAGGCGGUUAGGGCGUUGGAGCAGGAGGGCAGGGUGCAGGUGGUUGGUGAGGGGCCGAGGAGGAGUAUUAGGCGCGUUGCUGGGACUGCUUGA